AUGGCCAACUGGCAUAUUUGUCUCCUGGUUUCAGUCCUCUCAAUUGAUUUGAGCAGAUCUCAGAGUGAAGUCUUUAAGCCGCCAGUCAUCACCCAGCCCAGAACCAGAAUGGACUGGUAUUACAGCAUGUAUAGUGAUGUUACUGUCAACUGUUCAGCAGAUGGUGUCCCUGCACCAGUGUAUACGUGGACAGUAAAUAACCAGCCGGUUAUACAAACCCCAGACAUUAGUUUUGAUACUGUAACUGGGACUCUGAAAAUUCCAUCCUUUACCACACGUGAACAAGCCACAUACGUGUGCACGGCCUCCAAUUCAGUCAAUGGGAACAAAAUUGUCAGCUAUGCAGCACCUAGCAGAUUAUGGCAGACAAGAACAGAGAUGGUGGAUGAGGGAAGCAUUUCACAAACUGUACCAGAACAUUCCUAUGUGAAAAUGCAAUGCAAAAAGAAAAUUGUUGUUGGUUCCCAAAUAAAAUACAACUGGUACAGUGCCGAGAAAACAAGCAUUAGUUUGGACAACAAUCGGCUCUUCAUUGAUCUGGACGGAAAUCUCCAUUUCACAUACGUAAUUGUCAACGACCAGAUCCUGAACUACAUGUGUGGUAUCUCUGCAGCUCAAGAUAGGGCAAUUAUUCUCGGCACAAGAAAUAAUGUUGUUGUAACUGGAAACUCUAAUAUUUCACCUAUUAAACCGCAAGCAGUGUAUACUAAUAAUGGAGUCAAAGGGAUGAGGUUUUCCACAGCCAAGCUUGAGUGUAUGUUUUCUGGAUACGAUCCACAAUCACCAUACAUCCCAGCAAUAACUUGGCGUGAUGAUUCUGGCAAGAUAAUUGAAACAAAAGAGCCCAAAUACAUUUUGUCUGAGGAUAGGAGGACACUGACUAUCACCAACUUACAGGAGGAGGAUGAGCGGACGUACACAUGUGAAGCCAGGAAUUCUGCAGGAGACGCUUCUGCUCAAGUGUUCCUCAAUGUCACAUCCGGCCCCAUCUUUAUCAAUGGUCAGCCAAUAGAUCAGACAGUCUCCCAGUACAACACUGUCCAGUUCAAUUGUGAUACCAGGUCUGCCUCACGUGAAGAUCCUCCAUCACCUCCAGCUUGGUUCAUUAAUGGCCAGGCAUGGGGGUCACAGAUAGAUCCUAACAAGUUUGAACUGUCUCCUGAUAACAAGAUAUUGACAAUCAAGAAUGUGACCAAACCAAAUGACAUUAUGUGCAUUCAGUGCAAUGUCUCCAACUCCGAAGACUCUAUCUUGGCAAACGCAUGCCUCAAUGUUCUGUUGCCCAUAAAAAUUGAAAGAGAACCUAAACUGGAACAGUCCAUUGUCUAUGGGGAUAACUUGGAUUUUACAGUUACAGCAUCUACAGAUCCUGCUAUGACUUUGAGUUACAGAUGGGAGUUUAAUAAUAAAACAUACAUUGGAGCAGAUCAUCCACCGUACAUGUCUUUCAACCCAAGCACCAACUUGGCAUAUAUCAACACCAGCUCUCUGACUCAGGAGCAGUACGGUGAAAUUGGCGGAACGUACAGGAGAGUUGUUUUCCAUCUUUAUGACCAGAAGGUUGUGGAGAUCAACGUGAUACUGAGAGACAGGCAGAUAGGUCCCCUGACAGGAGCAGUUUUUGAUCUGUGGAUUAUUGGUCUCAUACUUGCCCUUAUCCUUCUCAUUAUCAUCAUCAUAAUCAUCAUCUGUUGCAUCUGUCGCAAACGCCAAGAAGGCGAUUACAACGUGGACAAGAAAGAAACCGGAGCAGGAUUGGACCCUGAAAAAGAGCUGAAAGAGAAAGAAUUCAAUGCUUAUUCAAGACCUGUCUACGAUGAGUACGCUGUUUAUCCAGACACAAAACCUCCAGGGGACCCUGAGUACGAUGAUGCUCCAAUCGGAGGUGAUGACGAAAGUUUAGGGGAAUAUGGAAAAGAAGAUGUCACAUAUUUCAAUGAGGAUGGAUCCUUCAUCGGAAUUUAUCAAAGUAAAAAGUCACCUCCACCACAACCCAAUGAAUCAACAAUAUAG